AUAUAAUUAAUCUUAAACUAAGAAAGAACAACCAAAAUUUCACUCAAUUUUUUCUUGUUUUGUGUUCUUUUUUCUUGUCUUCGGAUCUGUUGUUUGAAUCAGCUCCAGUGCGACUAUUUUACUGUGUUUUUAUGGAUAAUUUGCUGUUAAUAUUUCCGUCUUAAAUUUUUUUAGACCCCUUCUGUUCUAUCUGUUUAAUCAAAAACUUAUUUUGUAAAAGACAUGUCUUUAAUACAAUAAAAAAAUACUUAACCCGACGCUCCAGGCCGCACCAGAUAUGUUUAUCCUACCGGCAAAAAAUAUAAUUUAAAUUGAGUUGAACCAAAUCAGCAGACUUUAUUAGAUCGAUUAACUCGAUAAGCCAAAGAUUAAGUAAAGCGGUAUCAACUGCGCAGAGUUAACUCAAACCGUCCUGCAAUUUAUUUUUAUUUUUCAAUCGGGUGGAGCUUCUCAAUUGGUAUACACAAAUAUGGCAGCACCACCUUCCAGAUGGGGAAUCCGGAUUCCCUACAUUGCCUCUCGCGCAUACUUCUUUCUCAUAUUUCUGCAGAUCCCUCUAUUCAGGGUUCCAUGUAGGUCUGGAAUGUGUUCAACCCCUUUGGAAGUAACAUCUUCUCAACUAAUUGCCAGUGACAUUUUUCCUAUGUUUGCGGUGAAAGCUAUUCUCUAUCCUGGUGCAUUUGUGCGUGGCCUUGCAGUAAACUUGUCCAUUCCUAGCUGGGAAGGCCUAUUGGAACAGUACAAUUUAACCAGCACCCAGUUAACUUCUGCAGAAAUUGACCUUCAGCGCCUUGAGGUGUUAGCAGGUAGCUACUUUGCAGUUGCAGGCGCUUGUGUAGGCCUCUUGAAGCAAGGGCGGAUGAGCAUGUUUGGUACUCUCCUUAUAGUUUGGGGUCUCAUCAAAGAGAGUUUACUUGGGAAACCUGCUAACACUGAUCCGGCAAAAGCAGCAUAUCUUUACCCCACAAUGCUUCUUGCCUUAUUAUGUUCAUUUUUUGCUGUUAAAUAUGACAUGAACAAAGUCCAAUCAAUUGCCAAACCCCUCGCCAAACCUUUGAAGAGCUCUUCGAAGGCUAAACUUAAAUAAGACCUGUAAGCUGGUUAUGCCUCUUUGGGCUUGGCAAAAGCCCCGAUGCUACACAUAUUCCAAACUGAGGAUAUUGUUUUGGUCAAUGAAUGUUUUUAAUUUUAUUCUUGCAUUUAUCCUUUAACAAAAUUAAUUCUUUUGUUUAGAACACCUUUUACAAAAUGGGAUUUCAAUUUGUUUGUUUCUC